CGUUUUCACAAUCUGUUCCGCCUGCAAGUUUUUUUUCCCCUCUCUCUCACUUUUUUUUAAUUCGCUGGAUGGAAUGCCUGUCUUGCCUUUUUAGGAUGGCGAUUGGUUAAGGAGGUGUCCCUCUUGCCGAAAGCAAGCGGUGUGGUCAUCCGUGUGGAACAGGGGCCCCCAGCAUGCAGCAGUUUAACAGAAAGUGCUCAAUGCCCGAGAGGCUGAUCCGUACCAUCUCCUCCAUUCGAUCUCUGCCAGGGGACAGUGUGGAAUCUCUGAUCCGACGGGGAGCAGAUGUCAACUGUCCACAUGACACUCUAAUGCCGCUACACAGCGCCUGUAUGGUGUGUGACCCAGACUGCGUGGAGCUACUGCUGGAGAAUGGAGCUCAUGUGGAUUCUCAGGAUGGGUACCAGCGCACUGCCUUGCAUUAUGCUGCUGAGAAAGAUGUUUUGUGUGUUGAGAUCCUCAUAGAAUAUGGUGCCAAUCCAAAUGCCUUGGAUGGAAAUCAAGACACACCGUUGCACUGGGCAGCGUUCAAGAACAAGGAGGAAUGUGUGCUGGCUCUCCUCGAAGGCGGUGCUAAAGUGAACACAAGAGACUACAACCAGGACACUCCACUGAGUUGGGCAGUCAUGAAGGGCAAUUUAGAAAGUGUGCGGCUACUGCUGGAACAUGGGGCACAGCCAGACACUGUCAACCUAAAGGGUCAAUAUCCUGCAGGACGCUUGGCGGCACUGAUGGGGCGAGGCCUUGGUGGUGAGAGGGAGGAGGAAUGUCUGGAAUUGCUUAUUAGAGCUAGUGGUCAACUACGGCUCAAAAGGGGAGGAGGGUUACCCCCCGAGGCAGCCCGUGAUGCCCAUCUGUGCCAGAGACUAACAGAACUAUGCUCAUAUCCAUGUACCUUAAAGGCCUUGGCCAGACGAGUAGUAAGAGGCAGCCUUGGUGAAUGUCUGCUGUCUGAAGCUGUGACUGAACUGCCUGUCCCUAGAUCCGUUCAGGACUACCUACUCCUCAAAGAAUAGAUUUUGGGUUUAUCCACGCUGGCUACGGAAAACAUAUUGGUUAUGUGUGCUGUCAUCUCACUUUUGUUACAAGGAUCAAAUAAGACACUCGCUGAAUUUUUCAAUUGCCUGAACUUAGAAUUUUUCCCCAUUUUUGUAAUUUUUUAAAUUAUGGAUCAAAGAAGUAUUAGCAAGUUCAGCUUCAAUAGCGAGAUAUACUAUUGUUUUGUACCGUGCAACCAUAUUGCUUCUUGUGAACCGUCGGAAAUAUAUAUAGCUAUUUUACGCAAUAAAAUCUGGGUGACAUUGGCCAUACAGGACUCCAGGUUAUCCUGUUUUCUGUUUGAUGUAAAUACUUCUCAGUUUCAUUGGCUGCCAGUGUUUAACCCAUCAGAUUGUCUGGAUUGGAUCAUUGGGUUUGUGCAUUUCUGUUGGCAGAGGAACAACUGUCAGUGCGUGAGCUGCUACCACUGGGGACAUUCAGGAAUAGGAAUAUUAAAACACAGCAGACUCACAUUUUUUGCUAGGCUGUUUUCUACCACAUGAAUGAUUCUCUUAACAUUGUGUUCCCACAAUAAAACUGUCACAUACUC